UUAAAAUGACUAGAAAGAAGUCUAACAAAAUAGCCUCUAACAACAACAAUUCUGACCGUCCAACUAAAAAUAUAAUUAAAAACAACAAUAAUACAAUAGAAGCAGCAUUUAAAAGAAUUCAAAAUACCCGUCAAUGUCCAAAAUGUAACAAAAAGGUGGAUUAUUCUGUUUAUUUACAACAUUAUGAAAAAUGUAAAAAUCGAGAAGAGGAAGAGGUGGAGGAGGAUGACGAUGAUAUUAUUUUUUGUGGAGAAGGGCAAGGACAUAAGGAGAAUGAACAAGAAGCUAGUGAAUUCAAUAACUCCAAGAAAAAUCUUAAAAGAACGGAUAAAUCGAGCGUGGUUGUUAAUGUGGAGGAUGACGAUUCUCAGUCAAAUUUGGAAUCCCCUAGAAGUUCGGCACUUAAUUCUGGUAUUGUUUCGAGAGAUGUUAUUGAUGGCAAUGUGAGAAGAGCUCCAGCAAGUCCAAUAACUAUUUGUGAUGAUAGUUCUAAUGAAGUUCCAAUUACUGUUUUUAAACCCAAAAAUUAUUGUUCCGAUUUGCCAUUAGCUCAAAUUUAUGAUUUGUGUGUUGAACGACUAGAAGAUUUUUUGAGUGAACAAGAAGAGCUUUUGCGCAAUCUUCCACCUCCAAAAUGUAAAUAA